UUCCGGUGUGAAAGGUCGGAGGGCGGUGGCCGUGUUGCGGGUUCGAGAAGAUUCUGCGUUUGCUAGUGAGAGAAGGGGGAAAGGAGCAUUAACAUGUCAGAGAUUGUCUGGAGUUGUGUCCGAGACACUGAGUGACAGCGCAUCUGUUGGGACACCAUGUUCGGGUGCCUGGUUGCAGGUCGAUUGGUGCAGACAGAUGCACAGCAAGUUGCAGAGGGGAAAUUUGUAUUUAAUCUUCCUGAUUAUGAGAGCGUCAAUCAUGUCGUGAUCUUUAUGCUGGGGACAACACCGUUUCCUGUAGGAGCAGGAGGAUCUGUCUAUUUUUCUUACCCAGACAAGUGUGGGAUGCCAGUGUGGCAAUUACUAGGAUUCAUAACUAAUGAAAAACCCAGUGCAAUAUUCAAAAUAUCACGUUUAAAGACACAAGAAGGGAGCCAACAUCCUUUUGGGACAAUGAAUAUUGCCCAGACACAGUCAAUUGCCCAAAUUGGGAUCUCUGUAGAGCCCAUGGAACUGUUAACACAGCAGACUCCAGAAGCAAGUGCAUCUGUAUCGACAGUUGAUUCAUUUACACAGUUUACGCAGAAGAUGCUAGACAAUUUCUAUAAUUUUUCAUCCUCUUUUGCACUGACCCAAGAUCGGAUGAUUCCAAACCCUACUGAGAUGUUUAUCCCUGCGAGUGUUGUCAUGAAAUGGUAUGAGAAUUUUCAAAGAAGAUUGUCCCAAAACCCAAAUUUUUGGAAAUCAUAAACUGUAUGCUGCAGAGAUGAAUUGUAACUAUCAAUGUUGUUCAUCUGUUUAAACCAUUUUUUAACAAAUCUUCCCCAAAAUGUCACUCUGAAUACAAAUUUGCAUAGUAAUCAAGUUGGUUUGUAAUUUAUUUUGGAAUACCUGUCAUGUAUAUAUUAUAAUUAGUAAGAAACUUCUAAAAUUGUGUUUGAACUACAACUUCUAUUUAAUGAAUUUACUCUGAAUUGGAAUUCAGCAGCUGAAAAUGCUUAGAAGCUCAAUCACAAUAGUGGCAUGAAUGGGUUGUUAGUCAUCUGGAAUGAAAUUCAGAAAUAUAACUCUCAAAGCAACUAUGAUUUUUUAAAAUAUUGUAGUAUCUAAAAUGCUUUCUGAUUUUUUGCUAAAGUCAAUGGUGUGUAUAACUUAUGAAGACUUGGCUGUGUUUCAAUGAACACUGCUUUUUUAGUUUAAAUUUUAUGCUCUAUACUGAUAACCUCCAUUCUAGCAUUCUAGUCAGUUAUUUACAUGAAAUACCACUUUUUUCCUCUAUUUUCAACUUAUAGUUACCAAGGUAAAGAAAAACUGAAAAAUUGGAUUGCAAGAUAUUCCAGUGCUUAAAGUGCAUUGAGGGACAUUCAUAUGUUUCCAUGAAUCAAGGCCAAACAUCUCAAAUUUCAACAUCAAUCAAACCUCAAAAUUCUGAAGCAGAAAGUUCCAUUAUGAUAAACUUUUGUGAAAUUUUGGUUGUAACUUGCUGGGUGGUAUUUUGUGACAGUUGGAAGUCAUGAGUUGAAUAUGGUUCAGUAUGCUUUUGUAGAAUAGUGUCAGUUGUAUAUGGAGUAAUAUGCUUUUCCUUACAUUGAUAGGAGUAGAUGGAGUAACGCAAGUAGAAGAUGAUCUGUCUGUCUCUGUACUUGCAUACCCAGGUCCUCUUCAAAACAAAGUGUAUUGCAAGAAAUGCUGAAGAACAUUGUGAAGAGACUUGUGGAUGGGAAAGGGGCAGGUUGUUGGAGAAAAGGCAGAAAUUUGAUGGUAAAGCUAACCACAGAAUCAGUUAUGUAGAAUUCAUGAAAGAUUUGUGGCAAUGGAAACUCAUCAAUGUAAUGAACACCGUAAUGCAGCCCAUUGAGAAAUGAACAACAUAUAUAGUCUUUAAAAUUGAUGGAUGGUACUUAAUGUAGUGUUGACUGACUGGUACUUAAUAUAGUAUUUACCCUAAGAUAACUAAAUUUUUGCCUCGAAGAGACUGUAAUCAUCUGUAUAAGUUGAAAAGCUACCAAUACAGCUGUUAGUGGGGCAACAAGAAAGCUUCUUUUGCAAAUUCUUCAAGUACAAAUCGACAACUGGAUGGAGGAUCUGAGUUGCAUGAAUAGAAAAUUAUUCCAAAUAUAACUGGGAUACAAGAACUAUUUGCUACUCUAAUCAGUUGAAAUGGAGGCUUUUUGUGCAAAAGAAUCUUCAUUUCAGCAGGUCAUUUCUGAAACUGGAAGAGAAUGACAAAUGGUGAUCCUUCUCAAGAUCUUCAUAAUUUUAAUCAAAAAUAGUAAGUGAUGCUGGAAAAUAGUUUAUAACUAAGCAUUUAUUUGGAUGCACCAUUAAUUAUUCAAUUUGGUUAAAGCAUUGCUUUUAAUAUUAUGUUUUUUUAUUGAGUUCAUCGUCUACUAAUGGGUUGUAUGGGGGAGAAAAGAUAUUUUUUACCACUAGGUGUAUUUUUCAGCUAAUUAGAGUGUAAAUAUUUGCCUCCACUUUGAAAUCUGGCACACACUACAAGAUGAUGAGAGCCAGUGAUCGUGUGAAUAGUCAGAGGCUUUUUCCCAGGGCUGAAUGGUUGCCACAAGAGGACACAGGUUUAAGGUGCUGGGGAGUAGGUACAGAGGAGAUGUCAGCGGUAAGUAUUUUAGUCAGAGAGUGGUGAGUGCAUGGAAUUGGCUGUGGGUAACAGUAGUGGAAGCAGAUACGAUAGGGUCUUUUAAGAGGCUUUUAAUUAGGUACAUGGAGCUUAGUAAAAUAGAGGGCUGUAGGUAAGCCUAGUAAUUUCUAAGGUGGGGACGUGUUUGACAUAACUUUGUGGGCCAAAGAGCCUGUAUUGUGCUGUAGGUUUUCUAUGUUUCACUUCAGCAAACAGUUGUUGAUACCAACUAGUUUGUUGAAGUGUGUGCCAGAUUUCUACCGCCCAUAAUAUCUCGCAUUGUUCCUCAAUCAAAAGUUCAUCUGAAAAGGACUAGCUUUAUUAUUUAGAUGAUAACCCCUCAUUUUAGACAGCUCAAGCAGCCAGAAUAAUAAUUUUCUCCAUUGAUCAGUUCCCUUAAUAUUUUGGAAGAUAAUUUCAAAAACAACUCAUCCUUAAAAUUUAGGAGCUACCUCUUGUGUAUAUAAAAAAUCUCAAACUUUAUCUCUUAGUUUCCUUGUGUCAUCAGGGUUAAUCUAUGAAAAGAGAAGUGAAAAAAAUCAAUUGCUUUAAUUUUCUAUUAACUUGCAAUUAUAUAAACAUAAUCCUCCUUUCACAACUUUAUUUUCAUGUGACACAUGAAAUGCUGGAGGAAUUCAGCAGGCCAGGCAGCAUCUAUGGAAAAAGGUACAGUUGAAGGGUUGUCGACUGUACUUUUUUUCUAAAGGCGCUGCAAGUCCUGAUGAAGGGUUUCAGCCCAAAAUAUGGACUGUGCUUUUUUCCCCAUAAAUGCUGUCUGGCCUGCUGAAUUCCUCUAGCAUUUUGUGUGUGUGUUGCUUGAAUUUUGAGCAUCUGCAGAUUUUCUCUUGUUUAUUUUCAUGUGAGUUUUGAUUAUCAACUAAUAUCUGAUGUAAGGUGCCUGGUUCUUCCUCCUGCUUCCUGUACUUUUUUUUGUUUCUGUUGAAUCUAUUCAGAUAAUGCCACCUUAUAUACAAGUGCUACUGAAAUAUAUUUUUUUAAUCUUAA